AUGCGUCGUUCUGAAUGCGCACCUCAAAGUCCCGGCGGAGAAACAAGUGACAACCGGAGUCUUCCUCCGGGGCUCCGUACUCGGGCGCGCUCCCGACGCGGUCUGGCGGAGCGCUCCCAGCCGGCGCGGCGGAGUUCGGGAGCGAAACGCGGCUUUGGACGUAAAAAGGUGAGGCCUCUGAAUCGGGGUUAUUGCUCCAUCAAGACGUUGCUAGUGCUGCCAAGCUACAGGCGAGGACCGAAGCAGGGAGAACAGCAAGGCUUUGGUUACAGAGGAGCAGAGGUGAAACAAGACAAAACUGCACGGAGAUCAUCUUUCAGGGACUACCGUUCCUGUGAAACAGUAAGACAAGCAGAAUUCACCAUGGAAGGGAACAAAAAUCUGACUAGAAAUCUUCUUUUUAGGCCAAUUGAAAGAUUAAGCUAUGAAAGGCCAAUAAGAGGUCGUGGAGGAGGAAGACGUGGAAUGCGAGGUAGAGGAAGAGGUGCUGGAAUAAAUAGAAGUUUUGAUGGCUUUGACCAAAGAGGAAGAUGGGAACUGGAAAGACAAAGUGGGUAUGAGACAACUGGGAUGGAACAGACUGCCACUGUGGAAGAGACUGCAGGAACAGCUGAGCUGCCAGGGGCAUCUGAAGGAGAGUCUCUUAACAAAGUUGCUGAAGGAGAGCCAAUGGAAGAAGUAGUUCAAGAAAUGACGUUAGAUGAGUGGAAAAAUCUUCAGCAACAGAAUCGACCAAAGCCUGAAUUCAACAUCCGGAAGCCAGAAUCCACUGUUCCUUCCAAAGCAGUGGUGAUUCACAAGUCAAAAUAUAGCGAUGAUUUGCAGAAAGACUUUGAAGAUGAUUCUCAUGUUUUUCGAAGACCAGUGAAUGACAUAACAUCUAGGCUGGAUAUUAAUUUUGGGAGUCUUCCUCGCCCUGGCCGUGGAUCAAGAGGAGGACGAGGUGGUCGUGGUCGUGGCAGACGAUCUGAGGAGACAGGACCUCGACCAGGAGUGGUAGUGCCGCUUGUUGCUCCAAAUCCUGAUGAUCCUGAAGAUUUUCCAGCUUUAGCUUGA